UGUUGUGAUAAACUUAUUAAAUAGGUUGUGUUAUGUCGCCUAAAAAAUCCACAAGAGGGCGUCGAUCUAAUAAUGUUUCCAAUAGCACACCCGCUCAAUCUGCUGGCGACAAUGAAUCAUCAUCAUCAGCUACCGAAGUUAAAAAUGACUCAUCGAAGAAUGAGGAGAACAUAUCACCUUCAACAGUGAGUGGAGACCAGAAUAGAGCAAUUUGUAAUGAUAAAGAGAAUAUCGAAGGCGCUACUAAUGAGGGUGCUCAGGAGAAAGGAAAAAAGCACGAUGCAAGGGGAGUUGCAGAUUUAGAGAGAGUGACCGAUUACGUUGAAGAGAAAGAGUUUGGAGCGGGAUCACAAAGUGCAUCAGGUCUACUAUCUGGCGGCAUCGAAGAGGCAAUGAAAGCGUUGAGUGAAAAAACAGCCAAGGAGAGGGAAGAGAAGCUAGCAUACGAGAGGGAAUUAAGAAAAGUGCCUAUCAACAAAGACCACGUAGAACUAAUCGUGAGAGAGAUGGAACUUUCUAGAACAGAGGCGGAGAGGUGUUUGAGACAGCACGGCGGCGACCCAGUGAGAACUUUGAUCACUCUUACAAACUGAAAUUGUUGUUUUGUGAAAUUGUAUACUUGCUUUAAAGAGUAAAAUGAGAAGAAACCGUUUUGUCGUCUU